AUGGAUCAUGCGGUGAGUAAUUGCAAUGGCAAAAUUUGGCUUUUUUGGAAUAUGGACAUUGAUUGUGUUGUACUAGAGGAGGAUGAACAACAAAUUACUUGUAAUAUCGUUCAUAAUGAACUUCAGACUCACUUUACCACCACCUUUGUGUAUGCCAAGUGUAAGGACCAUCUCAGAAGGCCGCUGUGGGAUAGAAUGUUGCAUCACUCUGCUGAAAAUACCAAUCCAUGGUGUUCCGUAGGUGAUUACAAUGUCAUUACUUCCAUUGAUGAAAAAAUGGGAGGGGUUUCAGUGGUCAGAAAUUUACUUGGUAUAAUAAAAGGGGUAUACAUCACAGAAUCUGGAAGAGACUGGACAGAGCUCUGGUUAAUGAUGCUUGGCUGGAAAAAAUGCCUCAGACUACCAUCAGUAGGAUCAGACCACUGUCCUUUAUUGCUGGAAAUGACUGCUAGGGAAGAGGAGGACAUCAGGUACUUUAAAUUUCUCAACUGCUGGGCUGAUCAACCCAAGUUCCUUGAUAUAGUUAAAGCCUGCUGGGACAGGACGGUAGAGGGUAACAGCAUGUGGAGAUUUCACCAGAAAUUGAAAAGGUUGUCCAACACUCUUAGUUCUUGGUCCAGAGGGGAAUUUGGGGAUAUUUUCAUUAGGGUCAAGGAGUAUGAGGAGAAAGUCAGGAUUGCUGAAGAGAAUCUUAUUCAUAAUCAAACUGAAGACAGCAGGACAACCCUUCAUGAGCUCAAUGCAAAUUACAUUAGAUUUUUGAAAAUGGAAGAUUCCAUUCUGAAACAAAAAACUCAACUACAAUGGUUCAAAGAGGGAGACGCUAACACUAAAUAUUUCCAUUCUCUGAUAAGAGGAAGGAGAAGAAGAUUGUUCAUUCAUAAACUUCACAGAGAGGAUGGAGAAUGGAUACAAGGAGAUGUCAACAUUGCAGAGGCUGCUUGUGUCCAUUUCCAAAAUAUUUUUACAGGAGAGGACAAAUUUAUCAAUGAGAAUGCUAUCAACUGUGUACCCCGGAUGGUCAAUCAGGAACAAAAUAACAGCCUUACUGUCAUGCCUAAAAUGGAUGAGCUGAAGGAAGUGGUUUUCUCUAUGAAUCCUAAUUCUACAGCUGGUCCUGAUGGAAUGAAUGGCUAUUUUCUCCAGAAAUGUUGGCAUAUUAUCAAGCAUGAUCUCCUGGGGGUAAUUCAAGCUUUCUUCUGUGGCCAAAUGAUUCCUAAAUAUUUUUCUCAUUCUUGCAUUGUUCUCCUCCCUAAGGUGAACAAUCCAAACAAACUCUCUGAAUUCAGGCCCAUAAGUUUAAGCAAUUUCACUAGCAAGAUCAUCUCUAAACUGGUGAGCUCUAGACUUGGUCCUAUUUUACCUAAUUUGGUUUCACUCAAUCAGUCUGGAUUUGUCAAAGGGAGAAGUAUCUCAGAAAACAUUAUGCUGGCACAAGAAAUUAUUCAUCAGAUUAAGAAGCCUAAUAUUGGGAGCAAUGUUAUCAUUAAAUUGGAUAUGGCUAAAGCGUAUGAUAGAGUUUCUUGGUCCUAUAUAUGCUUAGUAUUAAGAAAAAUGGGAUUUGAUGAGGUCUUUAUUGAUAUAGUUUGGAGAAUAAUGGCUAACAAUUGGUAUUCUAUUAUUGUCAAUGGCAAAAGACAUGGUUUCUUCCAAUCCACUAGAGGUCUCAAGCAAGGUGAUCCUUUAUCUCCUGCCCUAUUUAUUUUAGGUGCAGAAGUCCUUUCUCGAUCCUUGAACAACCUCCAUAACAACCCGGACUAUCAUGGCUUCUUCAUGGACCUAAGAGGACCCCAAGUGAAUCACUUGAGUUUUGCUGAUGAUAUUAUUCUGUUCACUUCUGGUAGACAGAGAACACUGAAGCUAAUUAUGCAAACACUGAGCUCUUAUGAGGAAACUUCAGGACAGCUAGUUAACACAGACAAGAGCCAUUUUAUGGUCCACUCCAAUGCUUUCAACAGCACAAGAGACAGAAUUAAAAGAAUCAAUGGUUUCAAGCAAAAGGAGGGCCCUAUUACCUACCUUGGUUGCCCCCUAUUUGUUGGUAGACCUAGGAUUACUUAUUUUUCUGAUCUUAUUAAUAAAGUGUUAUGCAGAAUCACAGGUUGGCAAACAAAGCUAUUGAGCUAUGGAGGUAAAGCAAUACUAGUCAAGAAUGUGCUGCAGUCACUGCCUAUUCAUCUACUAUCAGCAGUGACCCCUCCAGUUACGGUCCUCAAGCAGAUCCAAAGUAUCAUGGCUGACUUUUUCUGGGGAAUGAAGAAUGAAAGGAAAAAAUACCAUUGGGCGUCAUGGAAGAAUUUAAGCUUUCCUUAUGAUGAGGGAGGUAUUGGUAUGAGGAACCUCAAGGAUGUUUGUAUGGCUUUCCAAUAUAAACAAUGGUGGAUUUUCAGAUCGAAACACACUCUUUGGGGGGAUUUUUUGAAAGCUAAAUAUUGUCAAAGGUCCAAUCCUAUUAGUAAGAAAUGGGAUACGGGGGAGUCUCUAACAUGGAAACACCUUAUGCACAACAAACAUAAAGCUGAACAGCACAUUCAAUGGAGAAUCAACUCGGGCAAUUGUUCUUUUUGGUGGGAUAAUUGGCUUGGCGUUGGCCCUCUUGCCCAGUUCUCGAAUGACAGUAAGAGGUUCAACAAUACUACUGUGGCAGAAUUUUGGCAUGAGGGACAAUGGAAUUGGAAUUUGCUCUUGCAACAGUCCCCUAACAAUCAACUAGCCAACAUCUUAUCCACAGAACUUCACAUUCAACAGGACCUCCCAGAUCAGGCUAUUUGGAAAUUGAGCACGGAUGGAAAAUUCAACUGCUCAUCGGCAUGGAAUGAAAUCAGGGAGAAGAAGACUAAGAAUAAGUUUAACUCUUUCAUUUGGCAUAAGUGUAUUCCUUUUAAAUCUUCUUUUCUUUUGUGGAGAAUUUUAAGAGGUAAAAUCCCUACUAAUGAAAAACUUAACAGUUUUGGCAGUGAGCCAGUCGCGUGUUUUUGCUGUUGUAACAGGCCUGGUCUAGAUACCAUAGAGCACACCUUCAACAAUGGACAAUUUGCUACUUAUGUGUGGAGAAGGUUUGCUGAAACUACUGGAAUUACUACAGAUCACAGCUCCCUGCCUCAACUCAUCACGCAAUGGUGGUCAGCCAAAUACAAUAACGAAGCACACAGGCUGUUACUACAAGCUACACCAAUAUUUAUUUGUUGGAAUCUUUGGAAGAAUAGAUGUGCUAACAAAUAUGGAGGCAAGCAAUCCAAUGCCAGCAGAGUCAAAUACGCAAUUUAUAAGGACAACUACAAGCUCAUGACAACCAAUUUCCCUCAAAUCAAAUGGCCCUCAAACUGGAGGGAACUGAUCCAACUAGGGGAAAAAUGCAUUCAUGAUACCAAAGUAACCCCUGUCAAGUGGAUAAAACCUCCAGAACAAUGGAUAAAAAUCAACACGGAUGGCAGUGCACUAAGUAAUCCCGGCAGAAUUGGAGCAGGAGGCAUCUUAAGAGAUCAAACUGGAGAGAUGGUCCUAGCAUUUGCCACUCCCUUGGGGGAAGGUAAUAACAAUCAGGCUGAAGCAGAAGCAGCCAUCUUCGAGAUGACCUGGGCCUUAGAAUUAGGAUACAGAAAACUCAUUUUGGAGGUGGAUUCACAGCUUCUAGUGGAUUGGAUAAUGCACAAAGCCAACCCUCAUUGGAGUAUUAACAUACAGGAUCACAGAUACAAAGCAUCAUGGCUGACUUUUUCUGGGGGUGGAGGAACGAGACGAAAAAAAUAUCAUUGGGCGUCAUGGAAGAAUUUAAGUUUUCCAUAUGAUGAGGGGGGUGUGGGAAUGAGGAAUCUUAAAGAUGACUGCAUGGCCUUUCAAUAUAAACAAUGGUGGAUUUUUGGAUCCAAACAAACACUUUGGGGAGAUUUUUUGAGAGCUAAAUAUUGUAAAAGGUCCAAUCCUAUUAGUAAAAAAUGGGAUACAGGUGAAUCUCGGACUUGGAAAUAUCUUAUGCAUAACAAACACAAAGUAGAAGCACACAUUCAAUGGACUCUCAACUUGGGCAGCUACUCUUUUUGGUGGGAUAAUUGGCUUGGUGUUGGACCCCUUGCUCAGUUUUCUGCUGACAGUAACAGAUUAAACAAUACUACUGUAGCAGAAUUUUGGCAUGAGGGACAGUGGAAUUGGAGUAUGCUCAUCCAACAGGUACCUAGCUGUCAAUUAACCAACAUCCUAUCCACAGAACUACACAUUCAGCAAGAUCUCCCAGACCAGGCUAUCUGGAAACUCAACACUGAUGGCAAAUUCAGCUGUUCCUUGACAUGGAAUGAUAUAAGGGAGAAGAGGAUCAAGACUCGAUUCAACUCCUUUAUUUGGCACAAGAGUAUCCCUUUUAAAUCUCCUUUUCUUUUGUGGAGAACCUUAAGAGGUAAAAUUCCAACUAACGAGAAACUAACCAGUUUUGGCAGUGAACCAGCCAACUGUUUUUGUUGUUAUAACAGAUGUGCUAGGAAAUAUGGAGGCAAGAAAUCCAAUGUUAGUAGAGUUAAAUAUGCAAUCUACAAGGACAAUUAUAAGCUCAUGACUACAACCUUCCCCCACAUCAGCUGGCCUUCGAACUGGAGGGACCUGAUUCAACUUGAGGAAAAAUGUGAGCAUGAUACCAAGGUGACCCUUGUUAGAUGGAUAAAACCUCCAAAUCAGUGGGUAAAGAUCAACACAGACGGCAGUGCAUUAAGUAAUCCCGGCAAAACUGGUGCAAGAGGUAUCUUGAGAGAUCAAGACGAAGAAAUGUAG